AAUCGGUUAAAAUACAGGAGAAUCCUUUCAAUCAGUAAUCUAACUAUUGCCGAUAUGGGAAAUUUAUAAAGUGUAGAGAAUCGUUCGUUGCUUGCUUUGUUUGAAAUAAUUGUAUUUUUUGCGUCCUCAUACCUCUAAUCUUUGCAUAUUUGUAUUGCCACUACCACAGUGUACAGCUACUACAUUCAUUUGCAUUUUAUUUCACUAAAUUUCAAGUUCAGUAUUUGUGUUCGUUAAACGGCGCGUCAUAAAAGAUGAGCAGCCAAAGUGAAUAUAAAUUGCUCUCGCUGACCAAGGCGCGGUGCGAUGAUGUAAAAUUAACAGAACGUUUCUCGGAGCAAAUGGCACAGCUCUGUAUGAACGAUGAUUACUCAGAUGUCACUUUUAUAGUAGAGGAUCAGCGGCUACCAGCGCAUCGCGUCAUUUUGGCGGCACGUAGUGAAUAUUUUCGUGCACUCUUGUUCGGAGGCCUGUGUGAAUCCAGACAAAGUGAAAUCGAAUUGAAAAUUCCCGUAGAGGCUUUCAAAGCUUUGCUAAAAUAUAUUUAUUCGGGUCGUAUGCCGCUCGCACAGAUGGAUGAAGAUAAUAUACUUGAUACUUUGGGUUUGGCCAACCAGUACGGUUUCAGCGAAUUAGAAAACGCAAUAUCUCAAUACUUGCGGCAUUAUUUGGCUUUGAAUAAUGUUUGCGCCAUAUUGGACGCAGCACGCCUAUAUAAUUUGGACAAGUUAACCGAAGUCUGUUUGACAUUUAUGGAUCGCAAUGCCACAGAUAUAAUGCAACACGAAUCCUUCCGUGCGCUUUCAAAAGAGUCGCUGGAGGAAGUACUGAGUCGCGACUCGUUCUUUGCGCCUGAAGUCCAGAUUUUUUUAGCCGUAUGGGAGUGGUCCAAGCACCACUCAAACAUCAACAUUGAUUCUGUAGUUUCUUACGUUCGCUUGCCGCUGAUGAAGCUUGAAGACUUGCUGCAAGUUGUGCGCCCCUCGGGCAUUUUGGAACCCGACAAAUUGCUCGAUGCUAUUCAAGAACAAACAACCUCUAAAUAUUUACCAUAUCGUGCCGCACUUUGGCCAGAAGAGAAUGUGGCCACGGCGAAAUUCGGUUCAAAUACCAUACUAGGUGAAUGUCGUACGGUUUUGCUCGAUGGUGAUUGUGCUUCAUAUGACAUGGAAAAGGGUUACACGCGCCACUGCAUUACAGAUAACAAUGACAGCGGCAUAACUGUGGAAUUGGGCACAAUCUGUAUUAUUAAUCAUAUCAAGAUGCUACUCUGGGAUCGUGAUAAUCGUUCAUAUUCGUAUUUCAUAGAGGUUUCAGCGAAUUCCAUUAACUGGGAUCGCGUCAUUGAUUACUCCCAGUAUUAUUGUCGCUCAUGGCAAAUCUUGUAUUUCCCAGCACGGCCAGUGCGCUACAUUAAGCUCGUGGGCACACAUAACACUGUGAAUAAGGUAUUCCAUGUUGUUGGGCUGGAGGCAAUGUACACUGUUUCCAUACCGAAGGUGAUCAACGGGAUUGUGGCGCCUACAUCAAAUGUUGCGCGUACCGACAUGAGCGCUAUUGUGGUGGACGGUGUAAGUCGUACGCGUAACGCGCUCUUGAAUGGUGAUUAUGUGAAUUAUGAUUGGGACUCGGGCUACACCUGUCAUCAGUUGGGUAGCGGUGAAAUUGUUGUCAGAUUGGGCCAACCGUAUGUUAUUGGUUCGAUGCGUUUGUUGCUGUGGGACUGUGAUGACCGGACCUAUAGUUUUUAUAUUGAAACAUCAGUUAAUCAAAAGGAUUGGCACAUAGUAGUCGACAAACGCAAUGAGCACAUGCGUUCAUGGCAAAAUUUCUCCUUCACGCCAAGGCCGAUCGUAUUUAUACGUAUUGUUGGCACGCGUAACACGGCAAAUGAGAUUUUUCAUUGUGUACACCUGGAAUGCCCCUCACAAGACCCCAACUUUCUGCAAAUGGAAAAAGAACAAGAACAGCGCAUCAGCAGCAAGGCAAUUGAUGAUUCAGGUGCCGGCGGUGACAACAAUGAUAGCUUUGCCCGUGCAAUAAAUUCCAGCAGCACAGGAAGCAAAUCCAAUAGUACUCUCUCUCAGUCAAAUAACAAUCAGCAAUUGCCAGAAGAUGUUCUCAUUAGAUUGAACAGUGCGUCAGUUGAUGAUAAUUAAAUGUGCUAUUUCCAUAUAUAAAAGAGCAGCAAAAAACAAAAACGCAAAAAAAAAAAAAAAAACAAAUACUGGAGAA